ACAGCCAUGGAUGGGGAGCAGCAUGUGGAGGGAGGAGAGGAGUACAGGUGUUGAUCUGGUUUCCGUAGGGCUUUAUUCAUCCUUGCUGUGAUGACUGGAGGCUACUGGACAUGGAGAGCAGCUGUCAGAACUCCUACGCUAUCUCACCAUAGUUUCCCAUGUAUUCGGUAACCUUGCUUUUCGAAAUACGGAGUGUAUAAUUUCCUUUACGGGGAAAUAAUUAUCAACAACCAAACGGUACUAUGGUGCAUCACUCGGGAUCCACACAGUCCUUCAAGCAGCAAAACGGCAUGCACACAAGCAUCAGUGAGAUCUUGAAGGAGAAGACGCUGAAGCCGUCCCGUCGCAGUCUGCCCUGCCUGGCUCAUAACCAGAUACACCCACAGAGCCUCAGCCACUUUCUGUCCAUGCCCUGCACCCCGGACGACAAGCCCCAGACACCGCCUGAGCUCCAGGACCAGACCUGUGCCCAGCUCCAGAGCCAGCAGGUCGACCCCCGGUUACAGCACCAGCUCCAGAGCCAGCAGGUCGACCCCUGGUUACAGCACCAGCUCCAGAGCCAGCAGGUCGACCCUUGGUUACAGCACCAGGCCCAGGGAAAGGACCACCGUAGGCUCCAAGCCCAGACCCAGCAGGUCGACCCCUGGUUACAGCACCAGACCCAGACCCAGCAGGUCGACCCCCGGUUACAGCACCAGGCCCAGGGAAAGGACCACCGUAGGCUCCAAGCCCAGACCCAGCCUCUGACCCACAGCACCUCCUGCACCUUCAUCUCCUCAGUGACAGAAGCGGCGAAGGACAACUAUGGGGAGGAGUCAGAAUCUGUGAAGGACCACUAUGGGGAGGAGUCAGAAGCUGUGAAGGACCACUAUGGGGAGGAGUCAGAAGCUAGUGCGUACAAGGCAGGAAGAACAGACGAGUCGUUUCUCAUUCAGAAACCUGCCAUCCGAGCCAAAUUAGAGGCACGAGCAGAUUCGCUCCAGGGGACCGACGCUGGGCAGCCGUCCGGUCUGAUGUUCAGAGAUGGAAAGAAGCGUAUCGAUUACAUCCUGGUCUAUAAGAAGUCCAGUCCUCUGGUGGAAAAGAGAGUCACCUUCGAGAGGAACCUGAGAGCUGAGGGGCUGAUGCUGGAGAAAGUGCCGUCUCUGACCAACACCGACGUCAUGUCUGUGAAGAUCCACGCCCCCUGGGACACACUCUGUAAAUACGCUGAGCAGAUGAAUGUCAGAAUGCCAUUCAGGAAGAAAAUGUACUUUACGGAUUGGAAGAGCAAAGUUAUGGGCAGCCGGUUCCAUCUGAGGUGUCGUCAGAUAAAGAGCUGGUUACCCAGGAACCCCAUGAAGCUGGACAAAGAGGCCCUACCUGACCUAGAGGAGACAGACUGCUAUACAGCCCCGUUCAGCAGGGCACGCAUGCACCAUUUUACCAUCAACAACAGACAGACCUUCUUCUCCAACUCCACCAGAAGCAGAAUAGUCCACCAUGUUCUCCAACGCACCAAGUAUGAGGACGGGAAAUCUAAGAUGGGUAUCAACAGGUUAUUGGGCAAUGGAACAUACGAGGCUGCAUUUCCUCCACACGAGGGUGGCUAUAGGAGCCGACACCCUAUUGAGACCCACGGUGCCCAGAACCACAGACACCUGCUGUACGAGAGGUGGGCUCGCUGGGGCAUGUGGUACAAGUACCAGCCUCUCGACCUUAUCAGGCGUUACUUUGGGGAGAAGAUUGGGCUGUACUUUGCCUGGUUGGGCUGGUACACUGGCAUGCUGAUCCCUGCAGCUCUGGUGGGUCUCUUCGUCUUCCUCUACGGACUCCUUACUAUGGACACAAGUCAAGUCAGUAAAGAGAUCUGUGAGGCCAACACAACAAUCAUGUGUCCCAUGUGUGAGCAGAACUGCAAACCCUGGAAACUCAGUGACAGCUGUGUCUAUGCAAAGGUGACCCAUCUCUUUGACAAUGGAGGAACUGUGUUCUUUGCUAUCUUCAUGGCUAUAUGGGCCACGGUGUUCCUGGAGUUCUGGAAGAGGAGGAGGGCGGAGUUGACGUAUGACUGGGACCUCAUCGACUGGGAGGAGGAAGAGGAGAAUCUGCGGCCCCAGUUCGAAGCCAAGUACUCCAGGUUCGAGAGAGUAAACCAUAUCUCUGGCAAGCCGGAGCCAUUCCAGCCCUUCACUGACAAACUCAGCCGGCUCAUGAUCUCUGUGUCUGGCGUCUUCUUCAUGAUUUCUCUGGUCCUGACAGCGGUGUUUGCGGUGGUGGUGUUCCGACUGAUUGCCAUGGAGAAGUUUGCAUCGAUCGACUGGGAGUUUGUCAAGAAGAACUGGCCGUUUGCAACCUCUGGAACCGGAGUCUGUGUCAACUUCAUGAUCAUCAUGUCUCUGAAUGUGGUAUAUGAAAAGGUGGCUUACCUUCUCACCAAUUUAGAACACCCACGGACUGAGUCAGAAUGGGAGAACAGUUUUUCUCUCAAGAUGUUUCUCUUCCAGUUUGUAAACUUGAACAGCUCUACGUUCUACAUCGCUUUCUUCCUUGGAAGGUUCGCCGGCAGACCAGGGAAAUAUAACAAACUGUUCAAUAGAUGGAGACUGGAGGAGUGCCACCCCAGUGGUUGUCUGAUCGAUCUGUGUCUACAAAUGGGAGUCAUCAUGGUACUAAAACAAACCUGGAACAACUUCAUGGAGCUGGGUUAUCCUCUGCUUCAGAACUGGUGGUCUCGCAGGAAAAUGAAGCAGACCGAGAGUAAGGAGAGGACAGGAGGUGGACAGAAUGUGGAGAACAAAGUACAGCUUCCUCAGUGGGACAAAGACUGGAACCUGCAGCCCAUGAAUGCCCACGGACUGGUGGAUGAGUACCUGGAGAUGGUUCUCCAGUUUGGUUUCAUCACCAUCUUCGUAGCUGCGUUCCCAUUGGCUCCUCUCCUGGCUCUGCUCAACAACAUCAUCGAGAUCCGUCUGGAUGCCUACAAGUUUGUCACUCAGUGGAGAAGGCCCAUGCCUGCCAGAGCCACAGACAUAGGUAUCUGGCAUGGUAUCCUGGAGGGGAUCGGCGUGCUGGCUGUCAUCACCAACGCCUUCGUCAUCGCCAUCACAUCCGACUACAUCCCCCGCUUCGUCUACGCGUUCAAAUACGGACCCUGUGUGGACAAGGGAUACCGGCAGGACGAAUGUCUGCGAGGCUACAUGAACAGCAGUCUGUCUGUGUUUGACAUGGGCGAGCGCUGGAACGGGAGCGAGGAGCGGAGUAGAUACUGCAGGUACCGAGACUACAGAGCCUCUCCCUGGAGCGCGGUACCGUACGACUUCACUCUGCAGUUCUGGCACGUCCUGGCUGCAAGACUAGCCUUCAUCAUCGUCUUCGAGCACCUGGUGUUUGGCAUCAAGUCAUUCAUCGCGUACCUGAUCCCAGACAUGCCCAAGAGUCUGUGUGACCGCAUGCGGAGGGAGAAGUACCUGAUGCAGGAGAUGAUGUAUGAAACGGAGCUAGAGCACCUGCAGAAGGAGAGGCAGAACGGCAGGAGAUAUCACAACGAGUGGCCUUAGUGUUAGUUAUGUUACGUCCCCCUGUACUACAUACAGUACCUCGUCUGCAUACCUACAGCAUAUACACUCAUAUAUACAGUACACUGAAUAUACACACCAACACACACACACACACACCAACACACACAUACACACCAACAUACACACUAGCACACACCCACCAACAACUCACACACACACACACACACCAACACACACACACACAUACACACACACCAACACACACACACACCAACACACACCCACACACACACACCAACACACAAGCACACACACACACACCAACACACAAGCACACACACACACACAAACACACAAACACACAAACACACACAUACCAACAACACACACACACACACACACACAAACCUACACACCAACACACACACACGACUGGUAGCCGUAUUGAGUGUACCAGUCAAAGUGCUGUGGUCUGAGGGGUAUUGCUGUCUGUCCCUUUCUAUGUCACUCUAUUUCUAUGUUGCAGCUAGACUAGCAGCCUGCCAUGACCUACCACAGAUCGGUCUGGUCCGGUCUGGUGCAGAUCACAACAUGGCUGUGUUUGUCUCCUUGUGGACUUGGAUCGGCUAGUCACUGGCUGUGUUUGAUAGGCUAGUCACUGGCUGUGUUUGAUAGGCUAGUCACUGGCUGUGUUUGAUAGGCUAGUCACUGGCUGUGUUUGAUAGGCUAGUCACUGGCUGUGUUUGAUAGGCUAGUCACUGGCUGUGUUUGAUAGGCUAGUCACUGGCUGUGUUUGAUAGGCUAGUCACUGGCUGUGUUUGAUAGGCUAGUCACUGGCUGUGUUUGAUAGGCUAGUCACUGGCUGUGUUUGAUAGGCUAGUCACUGGCUGUGUUUGAUAGGCUAGUCACUGGCUGUGUUUGAUAGGCUAGUCACUGGCUGUGUGUCCUACUGCUCUAUGACACUAAUAGUCAUUAUUCUUGUUGCUAAAGUGAUUCUAGUAACGUAUGUGGCUAUCAAAAGUAACAAUGGACAAUAAUCGUGUUGUUUUUGCAAAAUGACUGUAAUUAAUAUUGCCCUUAAAGCAUGCUGAUUUUGUUCAAGUAUUUUUGGUUAAUUUGUCAAACGAAAGCUGGAAAACAUAUCUGAUUGAGGUUUAAUUCUCUGUAUUUAAAUCAUGUAAAACGCAUGGUUCAUUUAGUUUGGUGUUUCUGGAUAGACAACAUCCACGUCUUGCUUUUGCUGUACGUUUCUAUUCUGUGUGAAUGUUGGACAUUAUUAUAUAGACUGUUGAGUUUUUUUUUUUAACCAACCACACAAUGUGUCACAGACAUCACACGUGCCUGUUUGUGCCGCAAAUGCUUUACUGUACGUGCAAGAAAAUACAUUCUGUCAUUUUUCUCCAUUGUGGAUUAACAACAACAAACUGUGAAAUGUCUGUCCCCCAAGGAUUCUGUUUGGAGGAAUGUGAUAUGAAGAAAAACACUAUAUACACUGUCAAACUCUGGUAUUUAUUCGCCUCUGAUUAUAGUGCUGCAAAGUAGAGAACUAUAAAACCAACAGGAAAUGUGAGUCCUGUAGUGAACUGUACUGUACAUGAUACCAACCACACGUACGGUCCUGAAGGCCCGGAGACCAACCACACGUACCGUCCUGAAGGCCCGGAGACCAACCACACGUACGGUCCUGAAGGCCCGGAGGCCAACCACACGUUACGGUCCUGAAGGCCAACCACACGUACGGUCCUGAAG